ACGCCACUUCCUCCAGACACACUAAGAUGGCACCCACCAGAAAGCAACACGCGAGUUUGGGGUUUGAAAUACCAUCCGGAUUUACAGCGAUCCCAGUAAAGUUUCAGCUGACCAGUAAGUCCCACCAUUACCUUUAUGUGAAGGAGCACAGGGUGCGAUCUGAGAACAACACCAAAAGGCCGCUGGACAGGACUCUCUUUGUGCUCAACAUCCCCCCCUAUUGCCCGGAGGAAUGUUUGUACCGAAUUCUGUCCCCCUGCGGUCUGAUCCAGUCCAUAGAACUGAAGGAGAAGCCCGGCCCAGAAGAGGAACCAGAACCAGAACCAGCACCAUCCAAACACUUCAGAACCCAGAGCAGCAAGGGUUUCCUCGUGGCUUACGUGGUUUUUAAAAAAGCCUCCAGUGUGACAGCAGCCAAAAAACUGAGACCGAAAGAAGCCAUCGUUCUGUCAACGGAGAAACAACCAAUCAAAACAGGCCUGCAGAGGUGGGUGGCACAGUACAGCAGCGCCUCCCUUCUGCAGGCUGAUGAACUGCAGGCUGAGGUUGAUGCUUUCAUGCAGGCUCACGACAAGAGAGUGGCGGAGGAGUCCGCUCGUCUCGCGGAGGGAGACGGGGUCCCGGACGGGGAGGGCUGGGUGAAGGUGACUCGAGGGGGGCGUCGCCCGGCCCUCCCCCGAACCGAGGCGGCCAAUCUGAGAGCCGUGGAGGCGGAGCGUCGGAGGAGAGCCAAGAAAGAGCUGCUCAACUUCUACACCUGGCAGCACCGAGAGAGCAAGAGAGAGCACAUCGCAGAGCUGAGGAAGAAGUUUGAAGAAGACAAGCAGAGGAUCGCGAUGAUGAGAGAGCAGAGGAAAUUCAAACCUUACUGAGAGAGAGAGGAGAGGAGAGGAGAGGAGAACGGAGAGGAGAGGAGAGGGGAGAGGAGGGGAGAUUCAAACCUUACUGAGAGAGGAGAGGAGAGGAGAGAGAGGAGGAGAGAGGAGAGGAGAGGGGAGGGGAGAUUCAAACCUUACUGAGAGAGGAGAGAGGAGAGGAGGAGAGAGGAGGGGAGAUUCAAACCUUACUAGGAGAGGAGAGGGGAGAGAGGAGGAGAGAGGAGGGGAGAGGAGAUUCAAACCUUACUGAGAGAGAAGAUAAAGGAAAGAGAGAGAGGAGAUAGAGAGAGAGAAAGGAAGAGAGACACUCCGUUCAGCCCCUCAGAGCUCGUCCUGCAGCUGAUGGAUCUCAGAACUUUGUCAAGUCGGGUCUCGAAGGAUCCCAGCGAUUCAGCAUCAACAGCGUGGCUCCGUAACCCACGGCAACGCUUGGUAACCCUCGGUAACCCCCUCGCCCCCCCCCUUACAAAUUUCUAUGACACCCUCGUCCACACAGUCCCUUAUAAAGUCAUGUUUUAUUGUCGUAAGUGAUGAUUAAUUACUGUAACAAUAAUAAUAUUAAAAACACGAAAUGCAAUUUUUAUUUUUUUUUUAAAACACAAAAAACAAACUCUUGUUUAGUUUUGCUGUCAGAAGUCUAUUUCUUUAUUUUAUUGUCAAUAAUAAAUAGACAAAUUUAGACCCAA